CAUCGCGAGUCAGGUCUCGCUCCACCCCCGGACUAAAGAGAGUGGUCUACUGUCUGACUAGCUUACAAUGCUAUCUAACGCUAAAGACUGGUAACCUGGACCCUUUGGGUUCUAGGUCGACCCGGAUCUACACCAGUUGGUUGACUUGUAGGCGAGGGCAGGCUCAAAGGAUGUGAAGUGUUUUUCGCCUAGCUAUGUACUAAAAGACAGCACACCAACAUAUCCGAGGGCUAGGUAUUAACCUGAAAACUACCUCUUAUGAACCCUUAUUAUUAGGAUUCGCCCUCUUGGUUGUUGUGUUGAUCUGUUUGUCAGGCCUGGAAACAUCAUGAUGUGAUCCUUUAAAAGGAGAAUUGAAGCAAGAAUGUGUGGCACGCCAACCAAGCCGAUGAGUAUAAUACCCCAGACUUCACGAUGACGGGUUCAGCAACGACCGGAAUGGUCAAUUAUGUCUUGACCGGCCUCACUUUGUUCAUUCUGAUAUCACGUAUCGUCCUCACGCUGAUACGCCGAGAUCAAAUCGAUGCGAGCUUCGCCCUCGUUGUCAGCUCUAUACUCAUCGUCAUAGGAAGGAUAGUUACCAACAUCUACUAUCUGAGGUAUGGAAACGCAGCGGACGCCAUCAAACAUGCCGGUUAUUUCGACGAGUCCAACCAUGAAUACAUCAAGAUCGGAACUAUCCUCGUGCUGCUCGCUCGGGUUCUGAUCACGGCCAUCAUCUGGCUACAGAUCUGCAUUCUCCUGAUCUUCUACUCGCGAAUCACUCGCGGUGUGAACUGGGUAGCUAAGGUAACCACGGUUACAUGGGCUCUUGUUGGUGCCACCUUCAUUGGCAUCAUUCUGGUCACGUUCCUCGAAUGUCGCCCUAUUAGCUUGUACUGGCAGACCUCGCCGGACCCCGGAGAAUGCGUUCAUGCAUAUGGGCAACUAAUCACCCAAACCGUUAGCAACAUUGUGCUCGACCUACUCCUUAUUGCGAUCGCAUAUCCAAUUAUAUGCUUAAGGAAACGGACUGUUGCUGAACACAUCACAUUAUAUACGUUGGUCGCUCUGGGCACGUUCUGCAUCGUUAUCAGCAUCCUCCGACUCGUUUGGGUGCACGACAGCGGCUCGGCACAGGUAACGCGCAGCUUAUGGGCCUCUGUACAAAUGCUUGUGUCGACAUUCGUUGCGAACGCACCGAAUAUCUAUGGGUCGAUCCGUGCUCUCAGGAUAAAGAAAUCCAGCGCGGCGAGCAGCACGCCUGCUCAGUAUCACCUGAGCACAAUCGGGAGUAGCAAUCGGACACGGCCCACGACGGAAUCAUGGCUGAGGAUGGACGACGACGAUUAUAUCGCUUUGGAGCCCAACCGGGCGAAAUUUAUCCGACCCUUGCCCCCUACAACAAGUCUGUAUAACGAACCUGCGCCUACACCUUAUGUUCACCACGCCGACUCCAAGGAUAGCACGAGUGCUCUCAAUAGGCUUAGUGAACCGGAUCUUGAGGCCCCCUCGCUGAGGACCCAAUCAUCCGAAACGCGAACUCAUUAGAUGGGAUUGCAUAGGAUGUCUAAAGGAUCGAGUUACGCCCUAAUGCUCGAUACAUGCUAGAUUCCCUGUCACAUGACGAAGUUGAGAGCAGAAAAUUAUACGGCAAACAGAGGCGGAAAUAAAAAAAAAGUUGAUUGAAAAAAUGAAUAACCACCCAGUCUUGUGGAUGGAUACUAUUAAAAGCGAGCAGAUAGCAUUCGAGACUUGAGGCAUGCGUUCACAGUUAAAAAAUACCUCAAUUUUUGUUUCUUUUGUUCC